AUGCAGGUGAAACGAGCUCGAGAAAUUAUCAUCGGCUUUGAAUAUACUGACAACAUAGUGGUUCGAGUGGACGACCGAUCCGUGGAAUGGGGCGGGCUGCUCGAGCGGUUCAAUCGGGAAAUGGAUGUGACGGAAAUGUUGAGAUCGCUUCAGUCUGCUAAGGAUUUGAAGUUAGGCACGGCCUACUUGGACAAGUUGGAGCAACUUUCAAAUGGCAUCAACAUAUCCUGUCAAUCGUGCCACAUAGAUUAUGGCAUCCAAAUGGUCGAGCGAAGUCUGUCUGGUCUGGUGGGUAAAAUAAGGAUUAACGAGUUUGUGAAAUCGACGCAAUGGACUCCCUACACAGAUAUUAUCGAAAAACUAGUAAGGGCGAAUACUGGAACGUUCUCACAACAUUGCGCCACAGCAGCUGCCAUCUUCUGGACGCUAAAGGCUUUACUAUCCGUGCAAUCGGCUCUCAAGCGCCGCACCAUUUACGAGAUCUUGCGUAAUGUAAACAAACCGAAUCUAGACAGGGCCAGACAUCAAUUUGAAGAAGCCGAGAUGAUACUCAAAGAACUCGACCCGGGAGCAUUUUCGAUCCUGGAAGCCGAGUGUGAGGCCCAGCUCUUGCGCGAUUGCUUUACAAAAUACAAGCCAGGCGCCGUGAUUUUCCACGUUCGUUUCUUCGCCAAUACACGGGUCGGAGGACCUAACUACAUGCUAUCCUGCUAUCAACCGGAAAAAUCAGCUCAUGAAGUCAUAGUAUCACUUGUGCUGCAACUUGGA